CCCCUCCAGGGCGGAGGUCGGAGGUCGCUGCCAAGCAUGGCACCCGCCUGGGGCCCUGGCGUGGCGUCUGUGGUUGGUCCCGUGGGUCUCCUCGUAGUCCUGCUGGUUGGAGGCUGCACAGGAGAAGAGCCCCCCAGGUUUAUCAAAGAACCCAAGGACCAGAUCGGCGUGUCAGGGGGCGUGGCCUCUUUUGUGUGUCAGGCCACGGGCGACCCCAAGCCACGGGUGACCUGGAACAAGAAGGGCAAGAAGGUCAACUCUCAGCGCUUUGAGACAAUCGAAUUUGACGAGAGCGCAGGGGCUGUGCUGAGGAUCCAGCCGCUGAGGACACCCCGGGAUGAAAACGUGUACGAGUGUGUGGCCCAGAACUCGGUGGGGGAGAUCACAGUCCACGCCAAGCUCACUGUCCUCCGAGAGGACCAGCUGCCCUCCGGCUUCCCCAACAUUGACAUGGGCCCGCAGUUGAAGGUGGUGGAGCGCACGCGGACAGCCACCAUGCUGUGCGCCGCCAGCGGCAACCCCGACCCCGAGAUCACCUGGUUCAAGGACUUCCUGCCCGUGGACCCGAGUGCCAGCAAUGGGCGCAUCAAGCAGCUGCGAUCAGGGGCCCUGCAGAUCGAGAGCAGCGAAGAGACCGACCAGGGCAAAUACGAGUGUGUGGCCACCAACAGCGCCGGCGUGCGCUACUCCUCACCCGCCAACCUCUACGUGCGAGUCCGCCGCGUGGCUCCUCGGUUCUCCAUCCUGCCCAUGAGCCACGAGAUCAUGCCAGGUGGCAACGUGAACAUCACCUGCGUGGCCGUGGGCUCGCCCAUGCCGUACGUCAAGUGGAUGCAGGGGGCCGAGGACCUGACUCCCGAGGACGACAUGCCCGUGGGUCGCAAUGUUCUAGAACUCACGGAUGUCAAGGACUCGGCCAACUACACGUGCGUGGCCAUGUCCAGCCUGGGUGUCAUCGAGGCGGUGGCCCAGAUCACGGUGAAAUCUCUCCCCAAAGCCCCCGGGACUCCCGUGGUGACAGAGAACACAGCCACCAGCAUCACCAUCACGUGGGACUCGGGCAACCCGGACCCUGUGUCCUAUUACGUCAUCGAGUAUAAAUCCAAGAGCCAGGACGGGCCGUACCAGAUCAAGGAGGACAUCACCACGACGCGCUACAGCAUCGGCGGCCUGAGCCCCAACUCAGAGUACGAGAUCUGGGUGUCGGCCGUCAACUCCAUCGGCCAGGGCCCCCCCAGCGAGUCAGUGGUCACCCGCACGGGCGAGCAGGCCCCGGCCAGCGCGCCGCGGAACGUGCAGGCCCGCAUGCUCAGCGCCACCACCAUGAUCGUGCAGUGGGAGGAGCCAGUGGAACCCAACGGGCUGAUCCGUGGCUACCGCGUCUACUACACCAUGGAGCCAGAGCACCCCGUGGGCAACUGGCAGAAACACAACGUGGACGACAGCCUGCUGACCACCGUGGGCAGCCUGUUGGAGGACGAGACCUACACCGUGCGGGUGCUGGCCUUCACCUCCGUGGGCGAUCUGUCUCUGUCCUCAUUGGUGUCUCUCAUUCUCUGUCUUGGUGUCUCUCUGUUUCUCUCUGUCUCUGUUUCUGUCUCUGCCUUUCUGUGUCUCUUUCUCUCGUGGUCUCUGUUCAUGUCUCUGCCCCGCCCCCACCCCCAGGUGGGAAGGACCUUCGACCCGACGACCUCCUUCGUGGUGGACGACCUCAAGCCCAACACGGAGUACGCCUUCCGCCUGGCGGCCCGCUCGCCGCAGGGCCUGGGCGCCUUCACCUCGGUGGUGCGGCAGCGCACGCUGCAGUCCAAACCGUCAGCCCCCCCUCAAGACGUUAAAUGUGUCAGCAUGCGCUCCACGGCCAUUUUGGUAAGUUGGCGCCCGCCACCGCCGGAAACUCACAACGGGCCCCUGGUGGGCUACAGCGUCCGCUACCGAUCGCUGGGCUCAGAGGACCCGGAACCCAAGGAGGUGAACGACAUCCCCCCGACCACCACUCAGAUCCUGCUGGAGGCCUUGGAGAAGUGGACCGAGUACCGCAUCACGACUGUCGCUCACACAGAGGUGGGACCAGGGCCCGAGAGCUCGCCCGUGGUCAUCCGCACCGACGAAGACGUGCCCAGCGCGCCCCCGCGGAAGGUGGAGGCGGAGGCGCUCAACGCCACGGCCAUCCGCGUGCUGUGGCGCUCGCCCGCGCCCGGCCGGCAGCACGGCCAGAUCCGCGGCUACCAGGUCCACUACGUGCGCAUGGAGGGCGCCGAGGCCCGCGGGCCGCCCCGCAUCAAGGACGUCAUGCUGGCCGAUGCCCAGGAGAUGGUCAUCACGAACCUGCAGCCCGAGACCGCGUAUUCCGUCACGGUGGCCGCCUACACCAUGAAAGGCGACGGCGCUCGCAGCAAACCCAAGGUGGUCGUGACCAAGGGAGCAGUGCUGGGCCGCCCCACUCUGUCGGUGCAGCAGACCCCCGAGGGCAGCCUGCUGGCACGCUGGGAGCCCCCGGCCGGCGCCGCCGAGGACCAGGUGCUGGGCUAUCGCCUGCAGUUUGGCCGCGAGGACUCGACGCCCCUGGCCACGCUGGAGUUCCCGCCCUCCGAGGACCGCUACACGGCGUCGGGCGUGCACAAGGGGGCCACAUACGUGUUCCGGCUGGCGGCCCGCAGCCGCGGCGGCCUGGGCGAGGAGGCAGCCGAGGCCCUGAGCAUCCCAGAGGACACCCCCCGCGGCCACCCGCAGAUCCUGGAGGCGGCCGGCAACGCCUCGGCCGGCACCGUCCUGCUCCGGUGGCUGCCGCCCGUGCCCGCCGAGCGCAACGGCGCCAUCGUCAAGUACACGGUGGCCGUGCGGGAGGCCGGCGCCCUGGGCCCCGCCCGAGAGACCGAGCUGCCCGCGGCGGCCGAGCCGGGCGCCGAGAACGCGCUCACGCUGCGGGGCCUCAAGCCCGACACGGCCUAUGACCUCCAAGUGCGAGCCCACACGCGCCGGGGCCCCGGCCCCUUCAGCCCCCCCGUCCGCUACCGGACGUUCCUGCGGGACCAAGUCUCGCCCAAGAACUUCAAGGUGAAAAUGAUCAUGAAGACGUCGGUGCUGCUGAGCUGGGAGUUCCCCGACAACUAUAACUCGCCCACGCCCUACAAGAUCCAGUACAACGGGCUCACGCUGGACGUGGACGGCCGCACCACCAAGAAGCUGAUCACGCACCUCAAGCCGCACACCUUCUACAACUUCGUGCUGACCAACCGCGGCAGCAGCCUGGGUGGCCUCCAGCAGACGGUCACCGCCUGGACCGCCUUCAACCUGCUCAGCGGCAAGCCCAGCGUCGCGCCCAAGCCCGACGCCGACGGCUUCAUCAUGGUGUAUCUGCCCGAUGGCCAGAGCCCCGUGCCCGUCCAGAGCUACUUCAUUGUGAUGGUGCCACUUCACAAGUCUCGUGGGGGCCAGUUCCUGACCCCUCUGGGUAGCCCGGAAGACAUGGAUCUGGAGGAGCUCAUCCAGGACAUCUCACGGCUACAGAGGCGCAGCCUGCGCCACUCACGCCAGCUGGAGGUGCCCCGGCCCUACAUCGCGGCCCGCUUCUCCGUGCUGCCAUCCACGUUCCAUCCUGGUGACCAGAAGCAGUAUGGUGGCUUUGACAACCGGGGCCUGGAGCCUGGCCACCGAUAUGUCCUCUUUGUGCUCGCUGUGCUACAAAAGAGUGAGCCCACCUUCGCAGCCAGUCCCUUCUCAGACCCCUUCCAGCUGGAUAAUCCAGACCCCCAGCCCAUCGUGGAUGGAGAGGAGGGGCUCAUCUGGGUGAUCGGACCUGUGUUGGCCGUGGUCUUCAUCAUCUGCAUCGUCAUUGCCAUCCUGCUCUACAAGAACAAACCUGACAGUAAACGCAAGGAUUCGGAACCCCGCACCAAAUGCCUCCUAAACAACGCCGACCUCGCCCCCCACCACCCCAAGGACCCCGUCGAAAUGAGGCGCAUCAACUUCCAGACGCCAGGCAUGCUCAGCCACCCGCCCAUCCCCAUCGGCGACAUGGCGGAGCACACGGAGCGCCUCAAGGCCAACGACAGCCUCAAACUCUCCCAGGAGUACGAGUCCAUCGACCCCGGACAGCAGUUCACGUGGGAACACUCCAACCUGGAAGUGAACAAGCCCAAGAACCGCUACGCCAACGUCAUCGCCUACGACCACUCCCGUGUCAUCCUCCAGCCCAUCGAAGGCAUCGUGGGCAGCGAUUACAUCAACGCCAACUACGUGGACGGCUACCGGCGGCAGAACGCGUACAUCGCCACGCAGGGGCCGCUGCCCGAGACCUUCGGGGACUUCUGGCGUAUGGUGUGGGAGCAGCGGUCGGCCACCAUCGUCAUGAUGACACGGCUGGAGGAGAAGUCUCGGAUCAAGUGCGACCAGUACUGGCCCGGCAGAGGCACGGAGACCUACGGCUUCAUCCAGGUCACCCUGCUGGACACCAUCGAGCUGGCCACGUUCUGCGUCAGGACGUUCUCCCUGCACAAGAACGGCUCCAGCGAGAAGCGCGAGGUCCGCCAGUUCCAGUUCACCGCGUGGCCGGACCACGGCGUGCCCGAGUACCCGACGCCCUUCCUGGCCUUCCUGCGCAGAGUCAAGACCUGCAACCCGCCCGACGCCGGCCCUGUCGUGGUCCACUGCAGCGCUGGCGUGGGCCGCACGGGCUGCUUCAUCGUCAUCGACGCCAUGCUGGAGCGCAUCAAGCCGGAGAAGACGGUGGACGUGUACGGGCACGUGACGCUCAUGCGCUCCCAGCGCAACUACAUGGUGCAGACCGAGGACCAGUACAGCUUCAUCCACGAGGCCCUGCUGGAGGCCGUGGGCUGCGGCAACACGGAGGUGCCCGCCCGCAGCCUGUACGCCUACAUCCAGAAGCUGGCGCAGGUGGAGCCCGGCGAGCAUGUCACCGGCAUGGAGCUCGAGUUCAAGCGGCUGGCCAACUCCAAGGCCCACACGUCACGCUUCAUCAGUGCCAAUCUGCCUUGUAACAAGUUCAAGAACCGCCUGGUGAACAUCAUGCCCUACGAGAGCACGCGGGUCUGUCUGCAGCCCAUCCGGGGCGUGGAGGGCUCCGACUACAUCAACGCCAGCUUCAUUGACGGAUACAGGCAGCAAAAGGCCUACAUCGCGACACAGGGGCCACUGGCGGAGACCACGGAGGACUUCUGGCGCAUGCUGUGGGAAAACAACUCAACGAUCGUGGUGAUGCUCACCAAGUUGCGGGAGAUGGGCCGGGAGAAGUGUCACCAGUACUGGCCGGCCGAGCGCUCUGCCCGCUACCAGUACUUCGUGGUGGACCCGAUGGCAGAAUACAACAUGCCUCAGUACAUUCUGCGGGAGUUCAAGGUCACGGACGCCCGGGACGGCCAGUCCCGGACGGUCCGGCAGUUCCAGUUCACUGACUGGCCAGAGCAGGGCGUGCCGAAGUCGGGGGAGGGCUUCAUCGACUUCAUCGGCCAAGUGCACAAGACCAAGGAGCAGUUCGGCCAGGACGGCCCCAUCUCUGUCCACUGCAGCGCCGGCGUGGGCAGGACGGGCGUCUUCAUCACGCUCAGCAUCGUGCUGGAGCGGAUGCGGUACGAGGGCGUGGUGGACAUCUUCCAGACCGUGAAGAUGCUGCGCACCCAGCGGCCGGCCAUGGUGCAGACGGAGGACGAAUACCAGUUCUGUUACCAGGCGGCGCUGGAGUACCUGGGAAGCUUUGACCACUAUGCAACCUAAAGCCAUGGUCCCCCCCCAGCCCGACACCACUGGCCUGGGAUGCCUCCGCCCUUCCCGGGCGGACCGCUGGAGGCCUGGAACCCCAGCGGGCAGGACAGGGAGAGGAGGAGGUGACGGCUGCGUUUCUGAGCAGUCUCCGGGGACGAUGCAGCCCCUCGAGCCCCCCGCACGGCCUCGCCGACCCAGCGCCCUCCCUGGCACCGGCCGCCUGCCUUCAAAUACUUGGCACAUUCCUCAUUUCCUGCCGAUUCCAAAACGGGAGAUUCCGGGGUGGGGGCGGGGGGAUGGUGAGCAAACAGGG